AGCAGCUUCACUUCACGUGUCUCUACCAACCAAACAACACACGAUUCUUUUCAUGAUGCCAAAGAGGCAUUUUUAAGCAAUAAGUAUAACUAAAUUAACUCACUUUUUGCGGCAGUUUUUCCUUUUCAGAAAACAGUUUUUUGAAAACGUUUCCAGGGAAAAGAGGAUUUAUUUGGGAUGGAAGGACAAGGCAGACUGAUAGGGGGUCUGGCUCUGGUGCUGGUGGGGAUCCUGGGAGUGGGUCUGACGACGGGACUGCCCAUGUGGCGAGAAUCAUCUUUUGUGGGUGCAAAUAUUGUGUCAGCACAAACGAUCUGGGACGGCCUGUGGCUGGCCUGUGUGGUCCAGUCCACGGGCCAGAUGCAGUGUAAGAAACCGUCGGGCAUCACCUACACCACCGACCUGCAGGCGGGGCGGGCCCUCACGCUGCUGUCCAUCAUCCUGGGCCUCAUCGGCUUCAUCAUCGCCAUCAUGGGAGGGGGCGUGGCCAACUGCAGCAGCGCUCCACCCGACGACUAUUACACCACCAGUCAGUCCGGCACGCGGUCCUCCCAGAACAAGGCCGCCCUGCUGGGGGGGCUCCUGUGUCUGGUUGCCGGGGUCCUGUGUCUGGUGGCGGUCAUCUGGUCGGCGGCGCUGACCGCCUAUGUGAGCAACGACCCGCUGAUUGUGACCUCCCUGAAGCGGGAUGUGGGCACCUCCAUCUACAUCGGCCUGGCCUCGGGGGUCCUGCUGCUGCUGGGCGGGGCCGUGGUCUGCAUGGUGUGCGGGAACAAGCCUAGCGCCCCCCAGCGGGUCUACCUGCGCCCCCCGGUAGAGUACAGCUAUGCCGCCCCCUCCCAGGACAGCCGGUCGUGGCGCAAGAACGGGCCGUACGACCAGCCCCUGGAGACCCGGGACGGCUCCCGGUACCCAGCUUGGAGCCCGGGGCCCAGCGCCGCCUCCUUCCCAAGAUAACGGUCCGAACGGGCGCCUCUGGAGGGGGACGCCCUGGCAUCACCGCCCCCCCCGCCCCGGGCGUAUUACUUCAACACGCCGACUUAAGAAUCCAAAACGAAUGCUUCAUAGAACAACUUCCAUCCAUCCUUUUCUCCUUCAACCUGAACCCCUGGUGGGACUCUGUCCAUCACUGGGACACAUCCACUCAACAAUAGGAUUUUGGGGUCUUGUCAGUGGUUGUUUUUAUGUUGUUGUUGUGGUUAACAAUCAUGUGUCUCUGUCUCAUUCACUGAGAAAACUUCUUCCCAAGGGGACAAUAAAUGAUCUAUCUAUCUAUUUAUCACCCCAUUCGCACACGGUCAAUCCCAGAACCUGUGAAGCAUCUUUAAUUUCUGAGGGGGAUCCGUCACCCUCUGCUGUUUAUUAUACUCAAUACACCAAAUCUAGAGAAAGAUUGCACAUCUCUGCUACACCAUUUGCUGUAAUUUCUAUUCCAUUUAAAUAUAGAAUGUAUACUGUACAUGUGUGUGUUAAUUAUAAAUGGUUCUAUCUAUUUCAAAAAAUCAAUAAACGUGUC